GGGGAGCUGGCCAGGGGGCUGGAGAGUCCCUGCCGUGCUCUGGGCUCCAAAAAACUCUCGGGGUUCCUCCAGCGUUCUAGGUUCUGGAGGCUCCUUGAAGGUUUGGGGUUCCCAGCAGUUCUGGGGAGACCUUAAAGGUUUUUGGGUUUUAAGCUGUUCUGGAGGGUCCUUAAUGGAUUGAGGAACCAAGAGGUUCUUUAAAGGUUCUAGUGUUUGAUAGGUUCUGGAAGGAUUUUAGGAGGUUCUGGGAGGUUCUGAUUGGUUCCCGAGAGGUUCUGUAGGUUCUGGGAGGUUUUGGGAGGUUCCUGAGAGGUUCUGAUCGGUUCCUGAGAGGUUUCAGAAGUUAAUGGGAGGUUCUAGAGGUUCGAUGAGGUUCUCAUUGGUUCCUGAGAGGUUCUGGAGGAUGCUAACGAGCUUUGGGAAUUCACUGAAGGUUCUGGGUCCUCAGACGUUCUGGAGGGCACUUAAUGUUUCUGUUGUCUGUGAGUAUUUUGAAAGUUCUGGGCUUCCCAAAGGUUCUGGAGGCUCUUUGAAGGUUUUGGUUUCCAGGAGGAUCUGGAAUAUGCUAAGUGUUGCUGCAGGUUCCCUAAAGGUUCUGGAGGGUAUUAGGAUGUCCUGGAGACAGUCAGUGUUUUUAGGUUGCGAGCGAUUCCUCAAAGGUUUUGGGUUCCUGCAGGAUCUAGGGGUUCCUUAAAGGUUCUGGACCAGAAAUGAGGCGCUCGGGAGAUUCCCAAAGAGUCCCGGGAGGGAUGUAUGGGAUUCUGGAUUGGGGUUUGGAUAGGCCGAAGCAGGGCUCAGGGGAAGGGGGGGCUGGAAGGGUUCUGGAGGGUUCUGGUGGAUGAGGAGGUUCAGGGAGGGGGUAUAAAAUGGAUCUGAAGGACAUGUUGGUAUCUGAGGGGUACUGGAGAUUUGUGGGAGGUUCUGGAUGGUUCUGGAGGAUGCUGGGGAGGUUCUGGGUGUGGGUGAUGGGUCUGUGGGGUUCUGUGGGUCCUAGGAGGUUCCAUUUGUUCUGGAGUAUGGUGGGGGGCUCUGGAGAACGCUAAGGGGUGUCUGCAUGUGUGUGAGGGGUCCCCAGGGGGGGUUCUAGUUGAUUCUAGAGCAUGGUGGGGGGCCCUGGAGGACCAUGGGAGGUUCCGUGUUAGUGUGAAGGGCCUGUGGAUUUCUGGGGGGUCUGGAGCCCAUUCCUGGAGGUCUCUCUCCCCCGUCCCCCGGUUCCAGGUGGGCAAGGCGUUCUCCACGUCCGAGGCGCGCCAGGAGCUGCUCACCAUCGCCUCGCGGGCUGAGAACGUCUUCCAGGUUGGGAGCUUCUCCGCCCUCAGCACCAUCCAGGAGCAGCUUCGCGAGAAGAUCUUCGCUAUCGAAGGGACGGCCCAGGUUUCCAACGCCAGCUCGUUUCAGCUGGAGCUGUCGCAAGGUGGAUUCAGCGCCCUGCUCACCCCGGAGGCCGUUGUGGUGGGGGCGGUGGGGGCCUAUGACUGGGCGGGGGGGGCUGGAGGAGUGGUCGGGAGACCCCCCCCUCGCGGCCUUCAUCAAUGAGUCCUCCCUGGGGCAGGAGGCCAAGGACUCGUACCUGGGCUAUGCCAUGGCCCUGGCCCGCCAGGGGGGCCGUUUCCUGUACGUGGCCGGAGCCCCCCGGUUUGGGCACGUCGGGCGUGUCGCAGUCUUCCAGCGCCGUGGGGGGCGGGUCGGAGACAGUGUCGAGGGGGAGCAGGUGGGCGCCUCCUUUGGGGCCGAGCUCUGCACCCUGGACCUGGACGGCGACGGCGACACAGACCUGGUUCUGAUCGGGGCCCCUGGCCACCAGAACCGCAGCCGGGGCGGCCUGGUCCGGGUCUGCGCCCUGCGGGAUGGGGGCUCCCUGAGCUGUGCCCAGACACUGUGGGGGUCCCCGGGGGAUGGGCUGGGCCGGUUCGGGGCGGCGCUGGGGCCUCUGGGGGACGUGAACGGGGACGGCGCGGGAGACGUGGCCAUCGGGGCCCCCAUGGAGGAUGAGGGCAGGGGGGCCCUUUACAUCUUCCUGGCGGAGCCGGGGAGACUGGCCCUGAGAGACCCCCACAGCCAGCGUAUCUCCGCCCGGUCUCUUUCUCCCGCCCUCCGGUUUUUUGGUCAGUCCGUCCAGGGGCGGCUGGAUCUCAGCGGGGACGGACUCACGGACGUGGCCGUUGGGGCCCUGGGCCGGGCCGUGCUGCUCAGGUCCCGUCCGGUGAUCGGCGUCUCCUGCUCCCUGGUGCCGAAUCCGACCCUGAUCCCCCUGGACAAUGUCGGCUGCACCGGGGGGGCGGGCAGUGAGGCCGGGCAGUUUGCUCUGACCCUGUGCUUCAACCUCAGCCAGAUCAGCCUGGGGGGGCCAGCCCCACUUCGCGCCCGCAUCUCCUUCAUGCUCCAGGUGGAUGCUGGGAAAUCAAACCCACGCCUGGCGCUGCAUGAUGGGACCUCGCGGCUCGUGGAGACCAUGCUGGUCGGCUCUGGGCCAGCCUGCGCCACCAAAGCCCUGCACGUCCUGCCCUGCCUGGAGGAUUUCCUGACGUCGGUGAAGUUGCAGGUGAAUUUCUCGGUCCAAGGGGAGCCGAUCCCCGGCACACGGGGUCUGACCCCCCUGCUGCUACCCAACACCACCACCACCACCCACAUACAGGUUCCCUUUGAGAAGAACUGUGGGCCGGACGAGGUGUGCGUGGCCGACCUGCGCGUCUCCUUCAACUUCUCGGGCUCCCCAGGUCUCAGACUGAGCCCCCAUUUCCCACUCAACCUGACGGUGCAGCUGGAGAACGCGGGCGAAAUGGCUUAUGGGCCGGUGCUGAUGAUCCAGUACCCCCCAGGGCUGUCCUUCCGGGGGGGCUCUGUCCUGCAGUCCCACUGGCCGGUCUCUCUGGUUUGCGACGUGCCCGGAGCUCCCGGCCAUCUGUCCGUCCUCAACAGCUCCUGCAAGCUCAGCCCCCCGGCCCUGCGGGAGAGAACGAAGGUUUUCCUCCGUCUCUCUUUCCACGUCUCCUCUGUCACCAGCUGGGGGGACAACCCAGCCUCCUUCACUGUCCGAGCUGCCUGUCAGAACGAGAACGGGACCUUGGCGGACAACGCAGCCACGCAGGAGCUGCCGGUUCUGCACCCAGUCGGGGUCGUCGUGACGGGGUUGGAGUCGAGCACCUACGUCAGCGUCUCGUCGGAGAUGCCGGAGCGCCGCGCCAUUGCCCACCGCUACCAGGUGCAGAAUUUGGGGCCCCCUACUGUGCCCGUCGCUGUGACCUUUGAACUCCCCAUCCGGGCCGAACUUGGCUUCAUCUGGGACGUAUCCGUGAACCUCAGCGGUGGGGAACAGGAGUUCACAUGCACCCCACCCCUGACGCUCCGAAUGGGGAUUGCAACCCAGACCCCAAAGGAACCAGUGACGCAUGGGUGUCUAGGGGCGUCUGUCUGCACCCGGGUCCGGUGUCAGGUGGCCUCUCUGGCCCGUGGAGAAUCCCGCAGAUUUAACUUCUCCGGGGAGCUGUACAGGCCGGAGGAUGGCGCUAAGCUGGAGACCCGCAGGCUCCAGCUCCGCAGCGAAGCUGCUGUCAGCAUCGACGAGACCAAAUACUUCCAGAUCCAGCCCGAGGAAUUCCAGUAUAGCCAGAUCACCACGGAGGUAGAGUUAAUUUCCCAUUUCAACCCGGUCCCGGUGAUUAUUGGCAGCUCCAUUGGGGGCAUCCUGCUUCUCGUCGUAAUGGUCGGGCUCCUGUAUAAGUUUGGCUUCUUCAAGCGGAAUCGGCCCAUGACCCCGGAGGAGACCCCAGGAGCGGAGCCUGUGUCUGGGGGCCUGCAGGGAAACGGGGCCCCACCAGAGCCCACCUCUGCACAGGGAUCCACUGACCCCGAGGGGGUGUCAUGACACUGUGGUGGGGGGGGCUGUGAGCCAGGACUCCUGGGUUCUCUCCCCAUCCAUGGGA